CGCACCCGUCCCGAGGAACCCAGCUGUGGUAUGGUUUACAGACAAGGAGAGCUCUGUCGCUUUACUCGGGAAAACACUCACCCUGCAAUGUAUACCUGAUGGCUACCCAUUACCAAAGAUAGAAAUGGACAAGAACUGUUGGGUCACUGCCUGUGGGGCGUCACAUUAUCAAUGACGACAAGUACACAUUGGAGAUCUCAAACGUGACGGAGGCGGAUGAAGGAAUGUACAUCUGUACAGCUGUACAUGGAAGCCAGAAGUCCGCUCAGAACAUCUUUGUGAAUGUGAAAUCGCAGCCUAUUUGGGUGGAGAAGCUGAAAUCUGUGAUCGUGACGACCGGGAAGUCUGCCGAGUUCAAGUGUGUGGCGAGGUCGGCUGUAGGAGAGGUAGACAAUGUACUAGUAGAAUGGUUCCGGAAUGGCAAACCUAUAAACACUGGACAUACGGACAAAAUAACUGUGUCUGGAACAACGCUUAGUGUCACCAACGUCCGUAAACCUGAAGAUCUCAUGAAUAUUCAGUGUAACGUUUCUAACAGCAUGGGCUAUCAGUUGGCGGAUGCUUUCCUGAACGUCAUAGAUGAAACCACCCUUGUUGAGAGGCCCGAGCGAAGAUAUCUUGUUGACCCUGGCAGUCUGCUGGAGUUGCCUAUAAGAGCGGAGGCCGACCCUCUCUAUAACAGGCGUCUCACCUACAGGUGGUACAAGGAUGGUCAGGCGGUCAGUAAAAACACCGCUGAUGCUGUUCACGUGGAUGUGUCGAACACCCUGAUCGUCAACGCGACGGGGUUUGAUCGAGAUCAGGCCUUCCUGGAUAUCCUGGGCAAUUACAGCUGUCUGGUGUCGAUUGGGCUGGAGAAAGGCGAGGGUGACGUGGUCAUCUAUAUGCAGAUUGCCUCCGAACCAUUAAUUAAGCCUGACACAAAACGGCCCAUGGAGCUGUGGUGGAUCGGUAUCAUCUUUGUUGUUAUCGUGCUUAUCCUCCUCAUUAUCUUCAUCUGCUGCUUGCUCUACCGGAACCGUGGCGAAACCUACCCGGUGGAUACGAAGGAACGCCAGAUGGGUCAUGAUCCCGAGAAAGAGCUAGCCAACAGUGGCUUCCAGGACCUAUCCAGGGCUGAUGCCCCUGACGAGAAGAGGCUUUACGGAAACCCGGAACAUAUGUCUCUUGCUGAAGAUUCACCACUAGGUGGCGACACUGACAGCCUGGAUGACUACGGGGAACCCGACUCAGUCACGUUCAACGACGACGGUUCUUUCUUCGUCAAAUAUGGCGGGCAAAAAGGGCGCGAUAUGAACCAAUCGACAGCGUAACUCCUGUCCUUGAAAUUACUCAGUACGUCUCUGGAAGAAUGGGGAGCGUCUUGUUCCCAGUUUUUUUUUUUUAGUUUUAUUUCCCUUUUUCGUUUGCAUUUGAAGUAAUAUAUAGCUGGACUAUCCAGCCAUUAUCGUAAAUUGAGAGAAAACCGCAUAUGCCCGCACACACUGAUGUGAUACUGAACAUUUGUUCAGCCAUUUGUUUCUCUCGUGACACUUCCACACAAAACUGUUAACUAUCCUUGCUUUAUGUCAUUUUUUUUUUGCCGUCAUUUUACUUGAAAACUCCGUAAAUGACAGGAUACUUGUGGGUGACAGUAUCCUGCGAAAAACGACAGGCAGUGGUUUUCUGCUAGGAGGUGUGUAAUUUUCUGUUUAAGCAUUUACAUUAAAAGUUAGAAUAAUAUCUAACUGAGGUAAACUGACAAUUAAGAGGCUGUAUUAUACCCGUUACGUGUGACCAGUUGCCAAUUAUCACACUGUUGUCGCUGUUCAGGGUUUACUCUCUGUGCUGGAAGUCUUUUAUUAUAUUUAAGUAAGAAGAAUGAGAUAGCGGCAGAUGUCCGAAGUGGGGCGUUUUGCGUCAUUUCAGUGACGCUGGACUUUCCACGUCAAGAGCGUCAACAGCGCGAUGACGUCACAGUGGGUAAACCAAAUACAUGUACAUCGAAGAUGAAACCGCAGUACUCAACAUGUCUUGUGUCGCGCAACGAAAGACAUGUGACGUGCAAGUCCUAGGUCACACUAGCGCCACCUUUUGUGAAAAGAAAAUCUGCCGGUUCCCUCACCAAAAUCUGGUGGUUUACUUCCGGCUAUCGUAUAAGAACAGUUCUUGUCUAAGGAAUUAAACAUUAAUUAAAUAAAUCAAUAUACAUACACGAAUAUUGGUGGACUUACCAUCUAUGCUCUUAUAUGUUUAAAAUGGGUCAUCUUCAUUCGACAACCCUAAAACGCGUUUUAACAAUAAAGUUAUAAAAACGUUGUAGUUUUCAA